CACAAAUAAGCUAUGAUAUAUAUAUGAGACAACAAGCAAGUGGGAGCUAGCCUGAGAAUGACGAAACAGCAAGGAGCUCCUUUUGGCUCACGACGUCACGAUUGCCGCUGCCGGCGCCGCCACGAUGAAUGGCCGGCAAGUAUCAAACCCGAAACCAUCACGGACGACGGUGAAAGUAGGAUCUCCAGAAGAUACUCUGCUUCUCACGCAACCAGUUUCAGAGAAGAAGAAGAAGAAGAAGAAGACGAAGAUAAUAAGACCGUUAUCAAUCAUAAGUCGUCGGCCUCUUCGAGAUCAAACUUCACCAUUUCCAGCACCGUCUCUUCUCCGGGCUACAACUUCAAAGAAGAAAUCGACCUUUCCUCUUAUUCUUUUUCCUCCGCCCUCGGAGCGUUACAGGGGCGGAGAUGGGAGGGCACGGGCAGAGGAGAGGGAUUGGCGUUGAACUCAAAGUGGAACGAGGCGGAGAAAUACAUAUGCAAUCCGUUGUCAGGGGAGGUGCCGGUGGAAUGCCUCUCUGCAAACACACGGCUCCGCGGCGGAAGAUCCUUCCGGUCGUCGGACCGGCUAACCACCCGCCGCGGCCGCCGGAGUUCAAUGUCCGCCCCUCUCUUUUAUCCUCCCAAACCCCAUAAUCUACUGCACCACCCUCAUCAACCACACCACCAUCUUCUUCUUGGAAUCAUAACAGACAAAAACCCCGCCGCCCCCGGCAUUCCAAACAAUAUGCAGAAGGGGGAGAAAAUGGCAACAACAUGUCAUCAUCAUCAUCAUCAUCUUAUUGGUUCAAAAACAUCAAGGAAUUGUAGUCCAGCAGCAGCAGCCCCAACCCCAUCCAAUAUUAAUAUUCAAGAGAGCUCACCAGUAAUUAUGAGGACUCAUUCUCAUCCCUCCUCCUCCUCUACUGCAAAAGUACAAUCUCAUGAGGAAAAGAGAGAAGAGAUAAAAGGAGAGUCAAGGAAGGAGGAAGCUGCAGAGAUCACCGGAAAGAAUGAGUUGGGAGAGAAAGGGAAGCAAGAGACGGCGGCAGAGUCGGAGGAGCUUAGGCGGAGGAGGCCAGGAGGAGGGUGUUUGUUGUGGAGGCGUUUCUUGUGGAUGAGAAAAAGGGAAAGAGAUAAGGAGAAACUUAGAGGACCUACGAAAAUUAAGAAUAGUCAUUGUAGUAAGAACAUCUUUCUUUGCCCCAUUCAUCAAUGGUAAUUAAAAAAAGAUUAAAUUUUAUAGUUGGUUCUCUCUAAACAAUAAAUUUUCAUAUUUAGUCAUUCUAUCAAAUAUUACGUUUGUGAUACUUUUUCACAUAUUAUCUUUAUUGACUAUUUGUCAUGUUCAUGUUAAAUGAAGAUCGUGACAAAGGUAUAAUUUCAAUCAACAUGCGUAUUGAUAUAUUCUGAUAUUGAUUUGACGGACAAUAGAACAAUAAAGAUUAGCUAUGACU